AUGGCAGAAGAAGAACUUUUUGCAUAUCAAGUCCUGGACCCGCCAGGAAAUGCCAUCAGACUCCUCAAGCUGCUGCCUGGACAAUUUUCGGAUGACAUUCACCUCUCCAUCAUCCACGAAAGGCUCCAAGACGAACCUCGCACACCCUACGAAUGCCUCUCUUACACGUGGGGCUCUGCAACGCAAGCCCACGAGAAGCUGUACAUCUGGCAGAGGCACACCACCACCAGUGGCGACAUAGAUAGCCUGCAGUAUCUCAAUGUCCGUGCUAACCUCAUGACCGCAUUGCGAUAUCUGCGCCUCCGCGAUCUCUCUCGAGUGCUCUGGAUCCACGCCGUAUGUAUCGACCAGGCGAAUCUCGUCGAAAAGGGUCAGGAAGUGGCGCGCAUGGGACAAAUCUACAACAAAGCCUCACGCGUCGUAGUCUGGCUCGGCCCAGAAGACGAAAGUACGCCGUUAGUUCUAAACAUUAUCCAGCGAAUAAGCGCAGGUGUCGAAUUGACAUGGCAUCACCGGGGCAUUCACCGCACACUUCCUGGGAGCGAGGCGCAAAUCCUAGAGCAGCGGCCAGAGGAUUCUACACUGAGUUCAGAGCAUUGGACAGCGUUGAGUAGGUUCUUGCGCAGGCCGUGGUUUAGUAGACUGUGGAUUAGGCAGGAGAUACAGUUGGCAUCGGAGGUACAAGUUUUGUGUGGUAAGAAGGAGGUUGAUUGGAGAAGUUUAGAGAAGAUGAGUGUGUUUGUGGAACAUAAGAUGGACAGGAAAUAUAUCGGCGUCGACGAGAUCUUGUUUUAUCGCUCGCUAUUCAAAUACUUGGGAUCGGAUAGUCUAACAUACACCCUCCACCGCUCAAGCCUCUGCAACUACUUUGACUCUCGCGACCUGAUCUACGCCAAUCUCUCCACCUCUCCCGCCAUGUCCGCCCUGCACAUCGCGCCAGAUUACUCUCUCACCCCCGCUCAGGCCUUCAAAGAUAUGACGCUACGCUAUAUCUCCCACUUCCAGUCCCUCGAGCUUCUCCGCUCAUGUGACCUCGAAACCUGUCCGCCGGGUUUCAACUCGUUUGUCCCGGAUUACGCGAGGCCAAAAUCUGAAUCGCAUCUGUUUGCUGCGCAUGCGCAUGCUGGUUCCCGACAGUCGUAUGUGGAUACAGAAGAUGGGGGUAUAGUUUUGAGAGGAGUGAAGAUGGAUGGUGUAUCUAAAGUGUCACCUGCACGUAAAGCCAUCGCCGCGCGUACAUAUGACGGUAACAAUGUUGCAGACAUCAUCGCUACAUAUCGCGCAUGGGAGCCACCUGGACUCAUGGAGUCUCUGUAUCCGCUCGGCGGAACUCUUCUCGAUGCUUUCGUCCUACUCCUCUCCAAUGACUUCUGCAAGGAUUCGUAUUACGAUGGUCAUCUACCCACUUUCGCGGAAUUCCGCCACACAUUCACGGCGUGUGUAUGGUCUGCCGGCGAUGCAGGGUUGCGCACUGAGCCUAGUCAUAGAGCGUACGUUGACGAGCUGACUAGUGAUCGGCGGGGAGAAGUGUUUUUUACGACAGAAAAGGGGUAUUUGGGUGUUUCACCUGCGAGUGUCAAGACCGGUGAUAUUGUCGCCAUAUUGGCGGGUGCGAGCGUGCCUAUUGUGCUGCGGUAG